AGUACGCACGCAUUGUACAUUCGAUCUUCAUGUGUUGGUGUACCACUACAAGAAGACACAACCAACACCGACGUGCGCACUGCGCCUGUCGACAAACGGCGUGCACGAAGCGCCAGCAACUUCGGUCAGCUUGGAAUUCAUUCGGCUUGCACCACGAGCGCAGCAACCAAACACAUCGCCAGUGAUUGCGGCGAACGGGCUCAUUGCAAUUGAAUCGUACUUGUCGCAAAUCACCUAAGCGAAUAUCAACUAACAGACACGCUGUUUGUUUGAAAUUGCCAUUCGAGCGGGACUGUUAAAUUUCUGCCGCGUUGUGUGUCGCCUAUCCGCGCUUCGUUUGAAAUAUACGGAAUAGUUGCGAUUGUUGAAGCUGCUGUUGCAACGGUCAACACGAUUUUUACGUAGCGAGCUGCCGACGAUCAACAAAUCGAGGACGUAAUUGUUGCUGAUUGUGGUGGUGGUUGUCUUGCUCAUAACGACUAAUCACACAGCGAGAGAUCGUCAACUGUUUGUGUUUGCUACUGGUGGUGGUGGUGGUGUUGCAAUUUGGGUUGUGCUUUUGGUAACAAUAAUCGUCAUAAAACGUAUUUUCGUUAAAUUUUCUGCGAGCAGAAUGAUUGACGACAAAGCGGAUAUGGAUGGAAUCGGCGUUCAGUUAGCCGUCGGGGCGUUCAAAGCAAUUGCCCUCGUGUACGACAUACUCACAUUCCCCGUUUAUCUAAUCUUGCAACAACCAUGGCGGACGAGGCAACUUUCGCGAAGACCAAAGGCUUUUAUCGUGGCAACCAAGUCAGAUGCCGACAUUAAGAAUACCGAUGUUAGCCUCGAUAUUGGAACGGAUAAACAUAAAAAUCACAAGGCUGUGAAAGUAUCGGAGACCACGCGGAGCAUCACAUGGCGAUCGUUGGACGAGCCGCAACGAAUCCACGUGGAGAUUGUUCGUGAGAACAUCACCACGAUGGCGAACAUGUUGGAGUAUGUCGCCAAGAAGUACGCCAACAAGCGGUGUUUGGGUACCAGAGAGAUUAAAGGUGAAGAGGAUGAAGUUCAACCUAAUGGUCGUGUUUUCAAAAAGUACGUCAUGGGAAACUAUAACUGGAAAACAUAUUCUGAAGUCAAUACUCUGGCUACUCACUUUGGCAAAGGAUUACGCGAGUUAGGCAACCUACCCAAGCAAAAUGUCGUUAUCUUCGCCGAGACUAGAGCCGAAUGGAUGAUUGCCGCACACGGAUUAUUUAAGCAAAACAUUCCAGUCGUCACUAUCUAUGCUACUCUUGGAGAUGAAGCCAUCGCUCACGGUAUUAACGAAACCGAAGUCACAACAGUCAUCACCAGCUACGACCUGAUGCCAAAGUUCAAGAAGAUUCUGGAUUUGACACCCAAAGUUAAGACUCUCAUCUACAUGGAAGACCAACUGAAAAACUUGACCAUUCUGAGUACGAGAAAAAGGACGGAUAUCCAGGUUGUUAAAUAUCAGGAUGUAAUUGAUCUAGGCUCAAAGUCUAAAUUCGAUAACAGUAUGCCAGCUCCUGAUGAUGUGUCAAUUAUCAUGUACACUAGUGGUUCCACUGGUGUCCCCAAAGGUGUUAUUAUUGGCCAUACCAACUUGAUUGCCACCAUUAAGGCUUUCUGCGAUAAUACUUACAUCUAUGAUGAUGAUUGUCUCAUUGGAUUCUUGCCGCUUGCUCACGUCUUUGAACUUCUGGUAGAGUCGGUGUGUUUGUGUGCUGGUGUCUCGAUUGGUUAUUCCAGUGCUCUCACAAUGGUGGACAGCUCCAGUAAGAUCAAGAAAGGCACUAAGGGUGACGCUUCGGUGUUGUGUCCUACAGUCAUGACCGGUGUACCACUUAUUUUGGAUCGAAUUUCCAAGAAUAUCCAGGAGAAGGUAUCGAAAGGUUCGUCUUUCGCUAAAGUCCUCUUCAAAUUUGCAUACGAAUACAAACAACAGUGGAAGCGCCGUGGAUACACCACCCCUCUGAUUGAUAAAAUUGUCUUCAGUAAAGUUACUUCUCUGCUCGGUGGCCGCAUGCGCUUGAUCCUCUCAGGCGGUGCUCCGUUGUCUCCUGAUACACAUGAACAGAUUCAACUUUGCUUGUGCUUGAAGGUAAUUCAAGGUUACGGCUUAACUGAGAGUACCUCGUGUGCCACUAUCAUGGACCAUGACGAUAUGGUCUUUGGUCGUGUUGGUCAUGCCACAACAGCUUGUGACAUCAGGCUUGUCAAUUGGGAAGAAGGCAACUAUCGCGUCACUGACAAACCAUACCCGCGCGGAGAAGUUCUCAUCGGUGGUGAAAAUAUCAGCUGUGGUUAUUACAAACUGCCUGAGAAGUCCAAGGAAGAUUUUGUUGAAGAAGAUGGCAAGAGAUGGUUCAAGACUGGCGACAUUGCUGAAGUUCACGCUGAUGGUGUUGUUAAGGUUAUCGACCGCAAGAAAGACUUGGUAAAACUGCAGGCUGGCGAAUAUGUAUCGCUUGGUAAAGUGGAAGCUGAGUUGAAGACUUGUCCAUUUGUUGACAACAUCUGCGUUUAUGGCGACUCCAACAAACAAUACUGCGUGGCGUUAGUUGUUCCUAACCAGAGCAUGCUCAAUGAUUUGGCACAGAAGAAGGGCAUCUCUGGAGAUUUUGAAGAAUUGUGUUCCAAGCCAGAAAUUGAAAAAGCUCUUCAGCAGGAAAUUGCUGAACACGGCAAGAAAUGCAAAUUGGACAAGAUCGAAAUUCCUGGUGCAGUUAAACUCGUCAAAGAAGUGUGGUCUCCGGAUAUGGGGCUCGUAACCGCCGCCUUCAAACUGAAGCGAAAGGACAUUCAGGCGCGCUAUCAGAACGAGAUUAAUCGGAUGUAUGCUUCUUGAAAGUGAAGGAAACCUUAAAUGUUGAUUUAGUUCGUAGGGCACGUGAUAUUCCAAUUUAUUACUAUUAUUACUUUAAAAAAUCAAAACCAUGCUUGAGUGAGUUAAUUAUGAGAUUAAUUGUCACUUUUGUCUCUAAAUGUACGAUAACGAUACAAAAAUGAGGUGAAAAGUGACUACAAACAUUAAGAAAUGCAAAACUCUUAGGAGAAUUUUUCAACAAACUUAAAUCUUUAAGUUUUGCAGUGUAAAUUUACAAUUGUGAACGUUUCAUUUAUGCUAACACGAAAAGUGUACAUCACAUAUGUACACCAGAGACUGCACGAACGAAGACCAAAAAGGCAUUCGCAAACAAAACUAACUCCCAAGUUAAAUUUUCAAGUAGCCAAUACCCGAGCAAAGCAAAGUAUUAUAAUCGGCAGCGUAGUUAUCAUAAACAUGACCUUGGAGAUUGAUUGCUACUAAUAAUUGCACUUAGAAAAGUGACUGUAAUAUAUAUUGUAAAUACAAUUACGGGGCUGAGCAUUUGGCACGUCAAUGAAGUCUGCCAUUUUGAUUUCUUGCAUUUAUACGAUUACAUCACAUUUUUACAAUGGUUUUUCCCUGCGGGCUUUUAUUAUUGCCUAAUUGUGAAAUAUUUAUUUAUUUAAGGGGGCACGAACGAAAGUAAAUCAUGGCGUUAUGUGCGUGCAAUGGGUUUAGAUAUACGAUUACUGAAGUUGUGUUGGCGAAUUCAGGAGUUUAGUGGGAAGAUUCUUACUAUUGUAAUUACAAUUGAAGUAAUUUAUAUUUCGUAGUAUUUGUUGUAAAGUUACAAUAAGCAAAGAAAACAAAAUGUUUGUAUAAUAAAUUUUAUGAAUUUUA